UAAAAUUUGUUUUAGAGAUGAUUAACCUUAAAAAAAAAUAAAAGACAAAGAAACCUAACCUUGUAAUUAGCAGCAACCACCAUAAACCAUCGCUACCGCGUCGACAACAUUUCUCCAUUACUCUUAUGAACCGCUAAUAAUCCAAUUAUACAAAUCAGCAUAAUAAUCUCUGUUAAUCUGUGUUUAUCGCCGCAGAAAUUACCUCCAAGUUCCAUACUUUUCUUUUUUACUGUAAUGGAGAUUGACCCUCCACAUGAAAGUGAUGGAAGCACCACUGGAUCAAAGGAAAGUGAGGUCGGAUCCAAGGAAAGCGAGAUCUAUUUGGUGCCUGAUAACCAUUCGGGUUUCGGUUUACCAUAUGCUCCUGAGGAUUUCCCCAUUCCUGGUGAUAAGUGGGGUUGGAAGGUGGGAAAGAGAAUUGCUUCUGGUGGACACUUUUUGGACAGAUAUAUUUAUCUUCCUGAUCGUCUUUAUAAAGACUUGAAGCCAAGAGGUCUCACUAGCAUCAACAGCAAGGGUUUUGCGAGCAAGUCUUCAGUUGAGCGGUUUUUGUUGGAGGCGUUUCCCGGCACGGAUAUCAAAGCUUUUUUUGCCUCUUUUACUUGGAGGAUUCCAUCCGAAAAAGCUAGAGGAAACACGUAUCAACUGUAUGGUAACACAGAUAUCGUUUCGGGUUGCUCUCCAACGUUUGAUGCCGCGGGUUGCAAAGCCGGCAAUAUAAAUUGCUCUAGUUUACUUGAAACAAAUGAUCAUGAUCAUUCAAAUAUAAUGAUGUGUGAUAUAUGCUGUAUUGAGCCCCAAUUUUGUCAUGAUUGUUGCUGUAUACUUUGCUCUAAAUUUGUCAAUUCUGCAAAUGGAGACCAAAGCUUCAUUAGAUGUGAAGCCUCUGUCAAAGAGGGUCUAAUUUGUGGGCACAUUUGCCACAUAGAAUGUGGUCUUCGGUCUUACAUGGCUGGAACUGUGGGUGGAACUAUCGGAUUGGAUGCCGAGUAUUACUGCAGACGGUGUGAUGCAAGGACUGAUUUGAUUCCACAUGUCCAGAGGUUUUAUAGGAGCUGUGAGUCUCUGCGUUGUAGUGAAAAAGUUCAGAAAAUACUUAAUCUUUGUGUCAUUAUAUUGCGGGGAUCAACCAAACCAAGUGCCAAGGUUUUGUUGCAUCAUGUUCAAACUGCUGUAGCAAAGCUUAAAGAAGGAAAUUGUCAUGAAGAUAUAUGGAAACGAGAAGAUACAUCAGCUGUUACUACAGGAGAACUUUCUCAAUGUGAAACUGAUACCUUGGAAGUUUCAAACUUCAAGGAGCCUUCACAACGUGGCAUAGCUGUACCACAAAUAUCAUUUUCGAAUUUUGAUUACCGAUUAGAAUCUGUAGAACUUGAACAGAGAAUUGACAAAACAUUAGCCUUGCUUAAGAAGUCUCAAGAGACCGAGUACAGAGUUGCAGAGAAGGUCCUCACAACCCAAAAAAAACAGCUUUUAGAUCUCUAUGAAGAGUUGAACAAAGAGAAAGUAAACCUUGCAAAAUGCUCCCCAUCAUCCGAUCCAUCAGUAGUCCAUGCUGUCUUAAAGAGGAUGGAUCAAAUUAAAAACCAGUAUAAUAACAUUACUGCUAUGCAAGAAGUUGGUAAAGGAUUCGGAAAAACUUCUAAAUAUGUAUUAAAAGAGCACUUUGGUGUGCAAGUGGCCGACGCCUAAGAGCCCGAAUCUUGGAUGUUUUGAGUUUGUAAAGCAGUGUAAGGUCGGUUUCUGAACCGAAUAGUUUGAUAGCUUUUUUGAUAGGAGAUGUUAUAGUUAUGUGUUGUAGUUUGCUCUAGUUUUGAGCAAUGCAUGUGUUGUUAAAGCUUUACAUGAUCCAAACUCUAGUUUUACA